AUGACGCCGCGCAAGGACCUGCUGGACGACGUACGCGCUGCACCGAUUAAUGAGCUGUGCUCUGCCUCUGGACACAUAUUGAAGGUGGCAGGUGCGGGACGAGCUGCGUUUAAGGGAGCGGAUGGCAAGCCGGUGGUGCUGCACGACGUGCUUCUUGCUCCUGAACUCAAGGCCAACCUCAUCUCCCUCCAUAAGCUUGGCAAGUCUGGGGUGAGCACUAGCACGGAUGGGGCACGCACUUAUAAGGGGAAGCUGGGCAAUCGGGUGCUUUGGGAUCUGCACGAGAGCAAGGACGUGUACAGAUCUAUGUGGCAGCUGCCGGCGCUGGCGUGGCACGGUGGGGGGCAGGCUGGAGAGGGGUCUGCAUCCCAGGGGGAGUGCAACGCCGUUGGAGGGGUUGGUGUGAAAGUGUCGGCCAGAUCUGGGGAGACAGAUUGGGCAACUGCACACCGACGUUUGGGGCAUGUGGCAAUGCCUUUGCUGAAGCAGCUUGAGAAGGAUGGAGCCGUUAAGGGCUUGAAGCUGAACGGACAACCACCCGAUGAUAACUGUGAAAUUUGCCUCCUUUCAAAGUUCACCCGUUUCCCCUUUCAUAGUGUGGCUGGCAGGAGCAAAAAGCCGUUGGAGCUGGUCCACAUGGACUUGGUGGGGCCGCUGCCGAAAGAUCACGCCGCCUCCACGAUUCGUGACGAUUGGCUGCCGUUCGUGGAGAAGCAAGCGGAGUGUGUGGUGAAGCGGAUUAGGACAGAUCGGGGUGGUGAGUUCCUUGGAGCUGAGAUGACGGCCUGGCUCAAGAAGCAGGGCAUCCAGAGGGAGCUGACCACGGCUUACACCCCAUAG